UUAGUCAUCUUGGAAGCGUCGAUCGUUCUGGUUGUGUGCAAUUUGUAGCGUGUUAAGACGUUCUUUUGUAAAUUUUCUGUUAUUUGUGCCGUCGGUUGCACUGUUGACUAUUUUUCUUCGGUAUGGUAUAACCAAAGCAAAGCAAAGCGACAACUUUAUUUUGCUUGUUCGCCACUUUUGCGAUGCAACAAUAACGAGUUGGAAAUAAGCGACUUAGAGCGAUUGCAAUUGCAACAAGUGUAAAGUGAGUUCAUUACUUCGACUGACAUGUGCAUACUAAUCUAAAUACAAGCGCAGUCCUAUUCAAAUUCGCUAUUAUUUUAAGAACAUAAAAAGCAAAUAAGAAAUCAGCAAAAACCAACUGCAAGACAAGUGUAAAAUAGCAAAUCAGCAAAUCGUGUCGUAGGUACUUUUAGCUGCAUUUUCCUAGAAAGACGUGGACAAAGCGAAAUUACAACAAAUCCACUACAACAGAUUAAAAGCGACAUUUAACGUACAAGUUUUGUCUGGGGAAUUCUUAAACUUCUGAACAGAGGCAUUGAAAAAGACAAAACGUUGGAAUAAAGAGUGACGAUUGCAGCACCGUACUCAUACGUCAAAUAGCAGCCAAAUCGAACACAACAUUGACAAUAUGUAAUAGAGCGUCGAGCCCGGUGUACUGCAAUACAUAGAAACAAAACUGCAACUGCACAGGAAGAUUGAUCUGUCCAACACUCUGCAAUAAUUUUCUAAACUUCUAAUUUCUUCACUAAAGUGAUCAAAGCAACAAUAUGCCAUAUUUUCCAAAUAUAAAUAAAAGUCAACAUGUUAAAAUGACAAGUAGCAACACGUCUUUAGACAACACAUCCGAUCAGGAUUACAGCGAAUUCCUAAAUGAGUAUCAGACUAAUUCGCCGCACAAUGAACCUGAAGCACAUUAUGAAGAGGGUGAAUUGGAAGCUGAAUGGUUAGUUGCCGCUGGAUUUCCACAGCUCAUAAAACCCUUUGAGCAGGGUCUCGAGUUGCGAACUUCGGAAUUGGAACCAAUAUUAGCAUCACUAUCUAUGCCCCACGCCGAAGCAAUCAAACAACGCGUUCGAGCGCUGAAUCAUACAGUACGAGGCCGGACAAAAAACCGCCAGAAACGCAAGCCUGACAUUAGGGAUGUCUUUCGGGAUUUCGAUGAAUCCAGUACAGGAACACGAUCUCGCAGUGCUACUCCUGACUCCUUGGACUCUAUUCACGGGGACGAAGUUUGGGGAAACACAUCCAUACCAAGUUUUGUGACCAUUUUCGAUCAUGGAUCUGUUGUUGACUCAGGAAAUGGUCAUCAGACAUUACAAUUGGGCAAGAACCAAAAACAGCGACUUCGUCGGACACCAAGUGCUCCACUCAAAGGGUCGCAAGACAUAUUUCGAGGUUCACACGUUCGCUGUGAUAUUCCAAUGUUUGCUGCAGAGGGCAUUGAAUUGUUAGGGUUCUCUCGUAUCGGUACCAUUCACAUCCCACGAAAUCGUUCUGGAUCGGAUCCAUCCUGUUCAGUGGGUCGUGUGCACGGUCAACUUAUACAAUAUGCAAACAGUGAUAACAACGCUUCAGGAGAAUCGAGUGACGAAUGUCUCUCUAAUACUGCGCGUAUGUCAAGCUCGUCUUCUUCGGAGAGCACGCCACAAAAAAUACAUUUAGACACCCCACCACAAAGUGUACAGAACUCGCCUUCCUCUCGGGACGGCAUUAGUUUUGAAAAUAUGUGCCGUGGGACAUCUAGUCAAGAUGGAGUGGAUGUUGUGGACAAUAGUGACGCUUCAUUGGAGUUUUGUACCGAUAUAGAUACUAUUAACGAAACAGAUUUAAAGCGUCUACAAGCUGUUUUUUGGUUAGAACUAGCUGCAAUAUUCGAUCGAAAUCAUGUUUCUCUUGAUAAGCGGAAACCAUUUAAAAGACGACGAAAAGAAGAGGGAAAUCUCUUUGGCGUUUCUUUGAAUGCUCUUAUACGGCGUGAUCAGCAAAUAACAGGUAGAGACUCUACGUUGGUGCCAUUGUUCUUAGAAGGUCUUCUAGAAGAACUUGGGAAGCGUGGUGCUAGGGAGGAGGGUAUUCUCCGCGUUGCUGGGCACAAGCAAAAGACUGAAAUAAUUUACAAUGAGCUAGAGUCGAGUUUCUAUCAGAAACCGAAAAAGUUUGCGCAACUACUUAGUUCAGCUAGUGUUCACGAUCUAAGUGCUCUACUUAAGCGAUGGUUGCGGGAGCUGCCUCAACCAUUGCUCACGAAUGAAUUAAUUCAGCUUUUCUACCAAUGCCAUGCUCUACCACAAUCGGAUCAAGCAAAAGCUCUAGCUAUUGUAGUUCAAAUGCUACCGCAUGAGAACCGAAACACAUUACGCACAUUGAUACGUUUUCUGAACAAGAUUAUUGAUCAUAAAGAUCACAACAAAAUGAAUAUGCACAAUGUUGCAACAAUAAUUGCACCAUCUUUUUUCCCGCCACGCUACAUACACCCAACAGACAAGAAUAGUAUUGAGGAACAAGUUAAAAUGGCUGCACAGUGCUGCCGUCUUACCAAUAUGUUGAUAACGCGCGGAGAGGCGUUAUUUCAAGUGCCAAAUAGUCUAAUAGAGGAAUCCAAAUCAAACAAAACACGACAGGGUAAACGCGUUUUGCAUAGACGAGUCAAAGCUACUACGUCUCUACUUCAUCCAAGUAGUGGUAAUUGCAGUAAUGCAGGGGACACCAGCCACCAUCAUACCCAUUUGCAAUCGAAUCACCAGCCAAGUAGUCAUGUUGUCAAUGUGGUGACAGUGGAUGGCAAUAACACGAUAAAACGUCAACAGUCAAUAAACCCAAGUCAUGUGCAUCGUCUAAUCAUUUGAUCGUUUAAGCAUAUGCCUAUACAUAUAUAUAAAAAAUUUUCAGUUUUUUAAUCGGACUAAAUAUUAGAAACUAGCUUUAGCGAUAUGAAAGAAUAAUCUUUGCCACAUUUUACUUUCCACUAUUUAGAAAUUUAUAUAUUUUAGCAACAGAUAUUUAACAUCGAGAUUAAAAAUUGUGAAACACAAAACAAAGUUUGUAUGUUUGUAUAAUAAUCUAGAGCUUUUACACAAAUAUAUCUACAUAUUACAUAAGUAAUGAAACAUAUUGUCACAAUUAAAAUAGUCAUCGGCGCAUGUUGUGCCAUGAACGUUGGAAACUCAUAAUUGUGCUCUUAAUAUAUAGAGGAUAUUCAAUUGAAUAAGUAUAUAUGCUAAUAAAAAUGUAUACGUACAUACAUAUGUACGCCAAAAAUAAUAAAAAAGGUAACAUUAUAAAA